AUGGCUCUGGGCGUCACCGAUGUGGCUGAGCCACGGGGCGCGGGCGGGGGCAGCAGCAAUUGGGUCGACGAACUGGGUGCAAAUUUUGGGGGUCAGCGGGAGCAAAAUUGGAUCAACGACCUGGGCGCGGUGGGCGAGAGAAGCGGUGUCGCGGCUGCGGCGGAGCCGGCGGCAGUCGCGGCCACCAGUAACGAAUCGUACUACUUCAACGUGGUCGAACAGGCUGCAGCCGCCGCCGAGACUGCGGCGUGGUGGCUCGGCGGCUGGUACGACACGGAGCCGAGCGUAUCCAACCUGCGCGAGCGGCUGGAGUCAUUCAUCCGGCUGCAGAGCAAGCUGCGCGGCGUCGCCAUCUCGCUCUCGUGGGUGUCUGCCAGCGAAAACUUCACGCUCGUGGCGGGCGAGUGGAAGGGGCGCAAGCCGUACACGGCCGUCGGGGUGAUGCGAGCCGUCGAGGCGGGGAGGGUGGGCCUCGACGACGCGGCGGCGCCGCUGGUGGACAAGGCGCUGAGGAGAGUCGGCGCCAACACCACCCUCGCCGCCCUCUUUGGCCCGCGCGCUCGCCUCGUCACGCUGCGUCAGCUGCUGCACAUGUCUUCGGGGAUUGCUGACUUCGACUACCCCGCCUUCGACGACGCGCUGCUGCAGGCGGGGGUGGCGAAGCGCGUGCACACGCCGCUGGAGUUUGUGCUCGGCGCCGCCGCCGUGAAGCCGCCCUUCAUCUGCGAGCCGGGCAGCUGCGUCUCGUACUCGUCCACAAACUAUGUGCUGCUGGGCCUCUUGCUGCAAAUGUUUUCGGGGAUUGCUGACUUUGACUACCCCCCCUUUGACGACGCGCUUCUGCAGGCGGGGGUGGCGAAGCGCGCGCUGCUGGGGGGCGGCGCGGACCCGCUGCCUCGCUCGUCCUUCCUCACCACCGGCCCAAUCUCCGACUCGACCACACUCUUCGGCAAGCACGGCAAGCCGUCGCUCUGGCCGCUCGGCCGGAGGGGGCAGGUCGACAUCGGCGCGCAGGACGCGUCCAUCCUCGGGUGGGUGUGCGGCAACCUCGCCUCGACCACGGGAGAGGUAGCGCAGUUCUUCUGGGAGCUGCUCGUCGAGCGCUCCAUCCUCCGCCACGACACAAUCGAGGCGAUGGCCGAGCUCGAGCCGCUCGGGCUGGGCUGGGGCCGCGGGCACAUCGCGUAUGGGCUUGGGCUGAUGCUCAAGCAGACGUCGUGGGCGCGCGGCGCACGGUACGGCGAGUGGGGCACCUACCUCGGCCACGGGGGCAACACGUACGGCUUCCUCUCCGAGCAGGGCCUCAUCCCCCAGCUCAACGCGACCUUCUCCGUCGUCGCAAACUCGAACGCCGACGACCUGUUCGUCGCGGGCGUGCUGACGUGCCAGAUCAUCGCCGUGGCCGCCGAGGAGGUGCUCGGGCACAACAUCCGGCUACCGUGCGGAGGGUGA